AUGGAUAGCGUCAAUGUCUCUGAAUUGGUCGCGCGACUCGGCGCGGAGGAGGAGUCAGUGCGGAAGAUGGCCGUCUUCAAGCUGCAGAAUGCCAUUGGCGACCCCUCGUUCGCCGACGUCUUCAUAUACGAAGGGGGCCUGCCCAAACUCAGAUACCUGGCGCUGCAUUCCACGGGCAACACACUGGCAUACUGCCUUACCUCUCUAGCACGUCUGCUGGAGCUGGACAAGGGAUGGGAUCAUGUCACGGAUGAUUUGGUUGCGAGAAUUGUUGAUCUCGUAGUUGCCCAACCUCUUGUCAAUGUCAAUCGCGGUGCCAUGUCAGUCCUCGCCGCCAUUGUCGGUCACCCCUCACAUCGAAAUUCCCAAGACGGAACCACUGGUUUCCAGCGCCUGAAGCCCGCCGUCGACACCCAGCCUGACUUUCUACCGUCCCUCGUCGAGAAGAUCACGUCGGCCGACCACGCGCUAUGUGCCAACUCCCUGCAGCUCAUCAAUGCGCUCAUGCGAGAUGCCAUCGCAAACGACGCGGCCUUUGAGUGGCCCAAGUUCAUAAAGCAGCUACAGGAGCUAGGUGUGAUAAAGAGCGUAUACGGGCUCAUGCAGAGCUCUGCGAUACAGGAUCUGGCACAUCCAUUGCUCGACUUCCAGUCGUUGACCAAGAUACUGCUACGAAACUGGAGGGAAGAAAAGGUCGACUUGGAGAACCCGGACCACAGGAGAGCUAUCCGAGGUCUGCACACAGCGAGCAGCCCAGAGAAGCCGGCAUCAGACACUAAAGGGAGCAAGAAGCAGAAUCCAGACAAAUGGAGACGUCUGGGCUUCGAGACUGAAUCGCCCGCCUGGGAGUUUGAUAACACUGGGUUCCUAGGCCUCAUGGACAUUACCGACUUCGUCUACAAGAACGAAGACGGAUUUCAGAAGCUUCUACUAGAGCAGUCGGCAGAGCCACUCGAGCAGCGAUGUCCCAUUGCCCGUGCAAGUCUAUCUGUUACUCAGACUCUGUACGAACACUUCGAAGUGGACAAGUUUGAUGAUGUGGAGUCCCACAGGCAUACCGACUCGCGGGCCAACUUUGACCGCGCGUUCAAACCCCUGCUUCUCCAUUGGUCGAGGCUGCACACGAGCGGCCUGAAUGCCUUCAUUCGACUAUGGAAGGCCGCUGGGGCACAGACGGAGGACUUUGAGAAGAUCGAAGAGCUCAUCCGCAUCUUGAUCGAGCAGGUUGUGGGUCAGGCGCCACGCAUCAAGGACGUCAAAGAUGUUGAGGAAGACCUGGCUGAAUUCGAGCUCAAGCGUCUUCGAGAGCUCCAGAUGGAAGUGCUGGAGCUGACGUACGAGGACGCGUGGGGCCACCAUUUACGCCAAGUCCGUGAUGAACUCAACCACGAGGCCCUGCAGUUUGUAAAGGAGCAGCGUAUAAGAUGUUUGCUUCAAGGGGCGUGGUUUGCCAUGGGUAUCGACUAUGGCACGACUGCGGGUCCAGUAACCAGCAAGACACUGAAUCGUUCUAUACCCUCAGCAUGGCGUUUUGUUCGAUUGUCACACAACCGGCGAUAUCUGCACUAUGCUGACUUUGACGAGAAGACGGCGACUGAGCCGAGGUUAGACACACUGCAGGAAAAGAUCGACCUAUCCAUUGUCUCUUCGGUCGUGAGCAAUGUCUCGGCUUCGGCUCCGUCGACCUCAUCAUCUGACAGUACGGUCAGAACCCUACCAGGCCACGAGCGGGCUUCUACAUCAACCAAAAUCACGAUCCACGGCUACCUGCCGCCAUCCAAUCACUCGCGACAGGCUUCCAGCGGUUCAGGUGCAGGGCGGAAAGAAUCUGUCCUGCUGCAUCUGCAUCCUCAGAGUCACACCCUUGCUUCCGAGUGGCUUGAUGGACUGCUCAUGCUGCUGAACCAACAGCCCAUUACCGCUGAUACCAACAAGUUGGCCACCUUCAUAGGCGGCUACGGGCUCAAGAUCCGUCUGCUCAAUGUUCGAUACGAAGACGUCGGGCUGGAGGAGCCAGUACUUCCCAACCGUGAAGGUCUGGAUGACGAAUAUUACUAUGAUAUUGCGGGUGCCUGA